AUGGAGCCAGAAACAGAGGACCAGGAGAGCACUGUCAUGGACGCUUGGUCAGUCUCUGAGUACGGCCACUCCUCUGACGACCUUUACAUCUCAGAGUCCCGGGAUGGAUCCUACUAUGAAGAAAGGAAGAGUGAUACAGAGCUCCCCAUAGAUCCGCAGCACACCCACAUUAGACAGGCUGAGUCCCCCCAUACUGUGGAGUCCCCUGAACCAUACAACAAGAAAGCCAUGGUGGAACAUCAGAGACCACCAUCGAACUACAGCCCGGAAGAACGUAGCCUGGUCAGGGGACUGAGCCCCAGCAGAAGCCAGGAGAUAGACACCUUAUCACAGGGGCCAGGUAGCGUCUACCCUGGGGAAUCCGUGGGCUCCGAUGCCGAAUCCUACCCAAGCACCCCUUCACCGACUCCCCCAAAGUCCCCACAAGCCCCCACCCCGAACCCCAACUUGUGUCAAAUAUCAAGGCAACGGUCCACCUCCUCUUCCUCCGUUGGCCAGAGUGAGAUGACCCUAACUCUGACCCAUGGGCAACCCAGGGGGGGCGGCAGGAGGCUGGGCUCUGGGACGGAGGCCAGGGGGAAUGGGAAUGUUGAGUCUCUGGAGGAAGGAGGGCACAGCGAAGCACCUCCUGCUUAUCUAUCCUUUGGAAUUUCAGCGCAGGGUGCUGAGCAGGCAGAGCAGUGGGACUCUGCGUCUGAGAAAGAUCUCCCCAGUCCCAGCAGACACAGGGUGAGGCGCGCACGGCCCAGACAGAGCGAGAGCCAGUCAGACAGGCAGGUGAAGGAAGCCAAGUCUAAAUGUAAACGCAUUGCUUUGCUGUUGACCGAUGCACCAAAUCCCAGAAACAGAGGGGUGUUGAUGUUCAAGAAGCGUCGGCAAAGGGUUAAGAAGUAUACACUUGUCAGCUACGGGACAGGUCAGCACCAGUUUGACGACAAAAGCGACAAAGACGUAGAAAGUGAAUACAGCAAAACGGUCAGGUUUACUUUGGCCACUAAUGAUUAUUCAGAACUUGAUGAAGACUACUCAGUGAAUGUACGAGACCGAGACGUCAAUUUAAACUGGGAGAACCUUGGAAUAGCCAACAUAUUUCACCACCUGGAAGAGAUGGAGCAACUGCCAGAGACAAAAGGCAAGGGCGUGGCAAUGUUUGUGCAGCGCCGCCAGAGGAUGGAUGAGAUUGCCUUAGAGCAUGAGGAAAUGAGGCGCAAAUGCUUACCCGUCGAAGGUAUUGUAGAGCUUGAAAACACAGAAAUGUACAAGUCUUACAAGACGGAUGAAACUUAUGUGCAAUCCAAUCAAAUUCAAUACAGUGAAAGGCAUGCUGAUCAGAUCUACAUGGAUGCUCAUGGCAAUCAACAUCUGCAGUACAAAGAAAACCAACAGGAGAUGCAACAAUAUGCUCACAUGAUGAACAGUAUGCCCAACCUCCUAGCUAGUGCCAUACCAAAGCCUCUUGUGCCCAACAGAACAGCUAAGCCCUUCUUGGGAUCCCAAAACAGAGUGCCUAUCCCAUUUUCUCCUCUGAGUGGUGUCACUAGCCCAGUGAAGCAUCAUGAACUCAAAUUCAAGGUAUCAGUCCCUAUACACACAGUUCCACAGGUCUGGUCCCCAACUGGGGACUUCAUAGCUUCGCGUGACGAACGCAUAUCUAUACCAGCAAUCAAGUCUGGCAACCUACCAGACUCAAAAAGAAGAGGUGCUAAUAGAGCGGCCUCUGAUCAACCCUCCAACGCAUAUAUUCAAAACAGAGGGGAAAGAAGAUCAUAUAUUGAGUCAGGCGAAGAGGAAGACUACUUUAGUCUUGGUGCUGAGGCAUGCAACUUUAUGCAACCCCGAACAGUCAAGCACAAGAAUCCCCCACCUGUUGCCCCAAAGCCUAGCAUCAACCCAGUCUGUCCACCAUGGUUGAAGGAGAGUCCCUCGAAUGUGCUACUUCACCUGGCAAGGAGUCCAAUCCCGGCAUCUUUCCCAAGUCCAGUGGGGUCUCCUCCUCAGCAAUACUUCAAACAACAAGACUGGCUUUCGCGUCAGCAAACGGCGAACCCCCGGGAACCACCCCAAACUCAGUCACGACCACAGCAACCCAUGAACACCGGGGCACCAGCCAACUCAACAUCACCCUCUCAACUUCAUCCAACCAUGAAUAGCUGGAGUCCACAGCCACCGCGGUCCCCAGUGAGUAUUCAGGCCCCGAACCCAACUCACACGGCACCUCGCCAACCCACAGUCUCAAAGAAUAAGUCCCCAAAUCCUUCGGUGGCAUCUUGCCCACCCCAACGAGGGAGCUCUUACAGCCACGCAGCCAAGGCACCACCUACUUCUUCAAUGGGUCACAUCUCUGAAGGCCAUGUUAGUCCAGCCAUAAAUGGUCCAACUCUGAGGGGAAGAGGUGCCGAACUCUUUGCCAAGAGGCAGACCCGUAUGGAGAAGUUUGUGGUGGAUGCCGAAACAGUUCAGGCCAACAAAGCAAAGUGUCCUUCCCCCACCGCCUCCCUUCCAGGUGCUUGGAGAUACUCAUCCAACAUCCGAGCCCCACCUCCUUUAUCAUACAAUCCCCUUCAUGCUCCUUUCUACCCUCCUGCAGCAGCUAAACAGCCCUCUUCAACAAGUCCAAAAAUCAAGCCAAAGACCGGUGUAAAAACAAAACCACAACCCUCCAAGCACCUGGAUGCCCUAGAUGUCAUGAAACAUCAGUCCUAUCAGCUGGACUCAUCACUCUUUAGAUAUAACGUAGGCACUGAGGCUGAAGGCCUUAGCCCUAGCCUCAAAACGGCCACCAUCCCAACCCCUGAGUCAAACCCACCCUUGAGCGCUAAACCUGCCCCUGUUGUCAGCCCUAGACCUGCCUUUGCCAUUUCUCCUUACUCUUACCCUGCCCAUGACCUUCCCCCAGCAAACCAACAAAGCAAACCCAUAGCUCCUGAUAAGUCUACUAGAUCGGAUGAGAAUCUUCUCCCCUUCUCGGCUCAAGUAUCCAGGCCAAACCAGGGACUUGGCAGAAGCUACUCUCUGUCCCUACCCAGACGGAUGUGCUCCAUGUCCUACAUGCCCUCGCAGUCAUCUAUGUCCCCUGUGACCACCCCUGUGUUCCAUCCAUCUCUCGGGAGGCAGACCUCCUGGCAGGAGAAAGCUGCCCUCAAGCCCCCCAGCCCUUGGGAGGCUGCCUCCCGGAGCACUCUGGGCCUGGUGGACGACGCCUUCCGAUUCCAGAACGUCCCUCAGUCCAUCGCCACUAACGUCAACUUCGCCGCCAACCGACGAUCUCUUCCGGAACCUCCGGACGAAUGGAAGCGCAAAGUGUCAUUGGACGCCGCCCCCAGUGUCAGUGGUGGUUACUAUCAUGCUCCACCCCCAGCCAUGCAUACUAGGUCUAUGAGCAUGACCUCUGCCCCUGUCUAUGGGCCUCCCUUCAGACAGGCCCAGCCUCUGUGGUCAGCGGUGAGUGCUAUGGGUCGAGGCCCGGGCCACCCGAGUCAGUCCCUCUACGCUACCUUGCCACGCACAGCUAUGAGAAGGUAAUCUCGCACAGCCAUCUGUACAUCCUCAGCUAGAAUUCAAAAAUAUAAACAGUGCACUUGUAAGAACAAACGUAGAAAAUAUAAUUGCAUGUACAGAUGUAAACAAUAGGACUAGCAUAUUAUAAUUAUUAACAAUUUGAUCAUGGUAGUGUUUCUUUUUAAAGACAUAUGUUUGGAAUCAAUGAGGAAAUACUGAUGUACCAAGAUAGCUGAUAAUGGUCUACAGCAGCAUGCUAAGGUGAAUUACAAGUUUGAAGAUGGAUUCUGCAGGGAAACGGCGCCACUGUUUGCCCCACCGCCAUUGUUAUUGUUUUUGUUUUGAGGUGAGGAGCGUUUCCCAGUGUGAAAAAAAAACAUUUGCAGUAUAUAUUCUGCUGUUCUAUCAUGCGUGCAAUGAUGUCAGAGGGGGGAAAAAGAGUGUUAGUUGUUUUUAGUAACUUUGUUUCACCAUUAUGGAGUCUAGCUUUAAAGGUUUUCAUUUCUGAAAAAAAAGUACUGAUGUUAAUGGUCUUUGGUUUAAAUCAGAGUUUGUUUUUCUAUGUGUGUGCAUGUACAGUAUUUUGGUUUGAGCAUGGAUUGUUUGUGCAUUUUGUCCUGUGGCCACAGGGGGCAAAGAAGUGGUUUCUCGUUCUCUACUAUAAUUCUGAUCAGUGAAGUGCAUCCACACACAUCUAUAGUAUGUACUGCAUGUUCCAUUGAAUGUUCUGUACCUGAAAAGUUUUAAUUCUAAACAUGUUUUAUGAAUUUUGAUAAAUGGAUACAUGAUAGGCCUAUUAUUUAUUUGCAUGUGCAUAAAAGUAAGAGGUUUGCAAGGUGAUGAGUGAGAAAAUGGCAGAUGGAAGGGAAAAGAAAGUUAGAUGUGUUGAACCUAUAACUUGUUUUAUUUUCCACAUAAUAUGAAAACUAAAUAGAAAAAUGGAUUGAGUAUUGCUAUGUGAUGUAAGCGGUAACAUCUAAAAUAGAAAUACAGUAAAGAGGAUUUCAAAUGUACUGCUAGGGUUCCUUGAUGGUUUGUGUAAUAUGUGCGAUAGCAUGUGGAGCAGGAUAGAUAGUAAGUACCAAGUGCACAUACUGAUGAAAACAAUCAACAUUCAUGUUCACUUUCAGACAAUCCCUCUGUUACUAUGAAAAUUAAGGAAAUGUGCAAAUGUCUUACAUUUCUUAAAAUAAUAAAUCAAAUGUCAGAUUUUAUUGCUGAAAUAUAGAACAUUAACAAUGUUUUUGUUCAUGUCAUUCAGUCAGUUUGCAAAACAUAGGCACACACUAUAUUCUAGACCACGUCAUUGAAUACAGGUUGAAGUUUCUGUGAUUGGUUUGGCACUUCCGUGAAAGGGAAAUGAAAUGUGCCACACUUUCAUAUGGACUGUGAAUGUGUUGAAGAUAAUGUAACCUUUAUCACUUGAUCGUGUUGUUCAUUUGUUGCAGCACUGAAGAUAAAUAUUGUACUCUUCCAAUAAAAUGUUGAGUACACCGUGCCUCUGAUGUUUUAUUUCAUUAACAUGUAUGUAAGAUAUGUAGGAUUUGUCAAAUGUUUUUUACACUUUGGAAAUUGUUUGUUUACCAAAUCAAAAUGUGUGGUAUGCUGAAUUCGUUGAGAAACAAACAAUUGCUGAAUACCAAUAAAACACAUAGUAAUAUAUUAGAUACAUGUAUAUAAAUGGAGUGGAAUGUGGAGUUAGUAAAGUAGAGAGAGUACUUCUCUAAAGUUACACUCCACUGCAGCCAGUGUUUGUUUUUGUUAACAUGUCAGGUUAUUGCUCCGACAUCCGUCACAAAGCAUCUCCACAGGUCCAUCCAGGGACUAGUAACAAAAGAGACGGUUACAUAAUCACAGACUGAGCUAUUGGGAGACGACUGGUGGGAGACUUUACACAGUGGAAAGGAAGUUGAAAAGAGAAAGUUAAAAUGUUAAGUAUGAGAAAAAAAAGAAUCUCACUCAUCUCAUUGCCAAACAUUUUUUUGUUGUGAAGAGAGCCACAUGACACCCCAACCAUUUAAAUCUAUCGUGAACAAAAAUAUAAACACAACAUGCAACAAUUUCAAAGAUUUUUCAGAGUCACAGUUCAUAAAAGUAAAUGUGUCAAUUUAAAUAAAUGCAUUAUGCCCUAAUCUAUGGAUUUCACAUGACUGGGCAGGGGCGCAGCCAUGGGAGGGCCUGGGAGGGCAUAUGCCCACCAACUUGGGGGCCAGGUCGACCCACUGGGGAGCCAGGCCCAGCCAAUCAGAAUGAGUUUUACCCCACAAAGGCUUUUAUUACAACCGGAAAUACUCCUCAGCACCCCCCGUCCCCCACUGACAAUCCUGCAAGUGAAGAAGCAAGAUGUGGACGUCCUCGGUUGGCGUGGUUACACGGUCUGUGGUUGUAAGACUGGUUGGACGUGCUGCCAAAUUCCCUAAAACGACGUUGUAGGCUGCUUAUGGUAGAGAAAUUAACAUUAAAUUCUCUGGCAAAAGCUCUGGUGGACAUUCCUGCAGUCAGCAUGCCAAUUGCACGAUCCCUCAACUUGAGACAUCUGUGGCAUUGUGACAUCUAUGACAUGUGCACAAGGUGCACGUGUAAUGAUCAUGCUGUUUAAUCAGCUUUUUGAUAUGCCACACCUGUGAAGUGGUUGAAUUAUCUUGACGAAGGAUAAAAUGCUCACUAACGGGGAUGUAAACAAAUUAGUGCACAACAUUUUAGAUUUUUGUACGUAUUGAACGUUUCUGGGAUCUUUUAUUUCAGCUUAUGAAACA